AGGAGGAGGGAGGGAGGGAGUUACUGUUUGGAAGGAGAGUGUUUCCGGCAAAGUGCGCAGUUAGCGUAGACUCCUGUGCUGUGCCCCCCACAUGCUUUUGGUUGUUAAUAAAAGUGCCCACAAAAAGCCAUCCGACGCCUCUGGGUGUUUGUAUGCACGCCGCCACCUUUCUGGAGAGGAAAUCGGGCGAACCGAAGACAACCGACGACAACGAGCCAACGUGACUCGCCGGUCCACUUCUCACUACGGUGGGAAGCUGAAAGCACCGCCAAUUACCAGUCGAGGGCGAAUUGGUAACACGAGUCACCUUCCAUAAGGACUGUAGGUAACUCUUUUUCGGUCCCAUAAUAGCAAAAGUACACUCAAUAUGGUCCAAAAUGUCUAUCAAACACAAACCACGUCCGCACUCAACGAAAGGGAGGGGACGAACUGGGACGCCGUGAGCGUGCGUCAGCUUCUCGUGGCGCUGUUCGACCGCGUGGUUUGGUUUGUCCACCGAAAACUAGUUCGUCAGCAGAGACUAUAUGCUCGCGAAUUUAAUGUUCUUUAGGCGAAAAGUUCGUGAGCUUAAGCGUUCGUGAGCUGAGGUAUCACUGUAUAUAAUUAUCGGAUUGCAUUAUCGGUUGAAUUUUUUUAUUAUCUGGAUUAUCUGUGUGACGUCAUAAUUGCCAUUAUCGGCCGAUAAUUAUCGGCGACCGAUAUUAUCGUGUAUCUUUAAUUUUUAUUUUAAAUUGCCUUUCAAGAUGACAUAUCUGUUUUAUGUGUUGGAUUUUAUCAAGUAAAUUUCCACCAAAAAUGCGACUUAAACUCCGGUGCGACUUAUAGUCCGAAAAAUAGGUAGGCUAGGGCUUUGGCAGGUAAGGGACAGAUAGGUAACAAAUGUGCAAUAUUUUGGUUAAACUAUAUUUCUCCAGGGUUGGUGCUGGUUGGGCUGAGUCAUGAACGAUUUAGCCAAUCUGGCUAAACGGUAAGGGUGUAACGGUACAUGUAAUAGUAUUGAACCGUUUCGGUACGUGGUAGUCUGUUCGGAACGGACGCAUACCGAACGAGUUCCUGACGUAAUAUAACCCUUACUUUUCGAGGCUGUAAGUCGAUCGGGUUACAGUUUCUUUGUGUAGAUUAUAUUUACUUUAUAUUUACUCUAAUAUAAUGAGGACCAACACGGUAGGACAGUCUGGAAACGUCAACGGUGAGACAACGUGGCCGCCGCGAGAACGCAGUGAAACGCGGGCAUUAGAGUCAAUCAGCCAAUGCACACCAGUCGCAGUGCGGCCGCGUGUUGCGUCCCAGAAGCGGCUCAACGCAACGCACGCAAAAAGAACAGCAGAGUUUAUUAUUUGACGCGAGACGCGGCCCUCCUGCGUCAAUACUGCUAGCUAGGAUCGGGCCGGAAGUCACUCGUGUAAUAAUACGGUGGAUCCGGUCGAUUUUCAAAGUAAUAUGUCAUCGUUACCUAGUUUUUGAGUCCAUCAGAUCUCUUGAACGGUAGAUCGGGGCACAGUUGACUUGUCUUUGUUGAUUUACUGCUGUCUUCUCUGCUAUAAUCAUAACCAACACGGCCCCUUGUUCAAUACAAAACCCUCCUACCCCAACAAAACAAGUAGGAACUAGUAUUCACAUAUGAACUAAAGUUAAACAACAUAAAAUAUACAAUAUAAAUGAAUACUACAUCACAUUUGUAAAAUAUAAACACAUAAUAAAAAAAAUAAUAGCCCAUUUAAAUAAAAUUAAUUGAAAUGAGCUAAAACACCCGUAAUUAAAUAAUAAUACACACAUCCUGCUUACACAAUUAAAUGUAUUUCUGUGUGGUGCUUUAAUUUGAGAAAAUCCACCAAUAAAGCUUUUGAAAACCGUUCAUACAGUGGGGAGAACAAUGGGUUUUCCCAUUGACAGUGUAUCAAAUACUUGUUCUCCCCACUGUAAAAAAAAAAAUGUUGAGGCAUUUCAUUUGUAAAACACAUGUUAAAAUCUUUGUCACUGGGAUUACUUCUAUCUUUAGCACAGGACUACUUUUUCUCUCAGAAAGAAAGCUGACCAAUACGCGGGGUCUGAAAGAAGUUGAAUUCCAGAAUUUGAGGACUGCUGAGGAGUUAAUGUCUGCCUUGAAGUUAUCAGGUUUGACGUCAGUGACAAAGGUCAGAAACACAAAACUGAGUUCAGAGGCUUUGAGAGCUGCAGGUUACCCAGAAAGCAAUCUAUCAAGAAUACGCAUAUCCGCAACCAAACCAGAUUUUGAGGUGGGAUCGUCCAGUGCGAUUAAGCUGUCUUCUGGGAAAGUUACAUCUCAGCCAGCAGAUAAAUUAGCUCUGGAUCCAAACACAGUCAAAAUGUGGACACUAUCGGCCAACGACAUGAAUGAUCAUGAUGUGGACCUUGUGGACUCUGAUGCACUGCUUGAUGAAGAAGACUUGAAGAAGCCAGAACCAGUGUCUCUUAAAGCCCCCACCUGUGGCGAUGGAGCACGCAAGAAGAAGAAAGCCUGCAAGAACUGCACAUGCGGUUUAGCUGAGGAACUGGAGGAGAGUAAAGGACAACAGAUGAGAAAUCUUCCCAAGUCUGCCUGUGGGAGUUGUUACCUUGGCGAUGCAUUUCGUUGUGCCAGCUGUCCAUAUAUGGGGAUGCCAGCAUUCAAACCGGGGGAGAAGAUUGUUUUGGAAAACAGCACGCUGACAGAUGCUUGAUUGAAACUUCAAGGCUGAUUCGGAACUUAGAAUCAUUCCACUUAUUCUAAAUUGAACAAAAGGUGGUUCCAGGACUCAUUUCCUUGGAGCUUUUAACAGAUCACGUUAGCAGCCCAUUUAUUUAUCUUUAUCAGUUGUUCAGUCAAUAAACAUUAAGGAUGCCA